AAGUGCGGCGCGGCGCGGCGGGCGGACGGCGGCGACAUGGCGCCCUCCAGGAGUGCAGGGGUGCUUGCGGCCGUGCUGCUCCUGCUGCUCUGCGGGGCGACCGCCGGCCGGCGGAGCGACGUGCGCGUGCUCACGGACGACAACUGGCGGGAGCUGCUGGAAGGAGAGUGGAUGAUAGAGUUUUAUGCUCCAUGGUGUCCUGCUUGUCAGAAUCUUCAACCAGAAUGGGAAAGUUUUGCUGAGUGGGGAGAAGAUCUCGAGGUUAAUGUUGCGAAAGUAGAUGUCACAGAGCAGCCAGGACUGAGUGGGCGAUUUAUCAUAACUGCUCUUCCUACUAUUUAUCAUUGUAAAGAUGGUGAAUUUAGGCGCUAUCAGGGCCCGAGGACUAAGAAGGACUUCAUAAACUUCAUCAGUGAGAAGGAGUGGAAGAAUAUUGGACCCGUUUCAUCGUGGUUUGGUCCCGGUUCCAUUCUGAUGGGAAGUAUGUCAGCACUCUUCCAGCUCUCCAUGUGGAUCAGGACUUGGCAUAACUAUUUUAUUGAAGACCUUGGAUUACCAGUUUGGGGCUCAUACGCAGUUUUUGCUUUAGCAACUCUGCUUUCUGGACUGUUUUUAGGACUUUGUAUGAUCUUUGUGGCAGACUGCCUUUGUCCUUCAAAGAGGCGCAGACCACAGCCGUACCCUUCCAAAAAAUUGUUACCGGAGUCUUCUCAACCUUUGAAAAAAGUGGAAGAGGAACAAGAGGCUGAUGAAGAAGAUGUUUCAGAAGAGGAAGCUGAAAGGAAAGAAGGAACAAACACAGACUUUCCACAGAAUGCCGUCAGACAGCGCUCCGUGGGGCCUGCCCUGGCCACAGAUCAAUCCUAGUUAACUUUUAUAAAUAUCCUGGUAGGAUUUGGACGGAAAGGGAAGAUUGGUGGUUUCUCUUCGUGUGGAGUGAACUGUGGCUUGUCUGUUGCAGGGUUCAGGCUAGAUUGUCGCAGAUUGAGCAGUCUACCUUCAGAAAUAAAGUAGGGCUGUGUGAAAAAGUUUGAAAUCGAUUGAAGAACAGCAUGGUGGUUUAAAGCGUUGUUUAAGUUUUGAAAAAUCUGGUGCCAAGCAAUAAGAUUUGUGUAUGUUUGUUUAAUAAUAACCUGUUUCAAGUCUGAGUUGAAAAAUUAAUUUCCCAAGUAUUGCAUUAUUGAAGUAUUUAAGGAGAUUACUUUAGAGAAAAAGAUUUCUCAUUUGAUAUAAUUCUUCUCAGUUUCACUGUGUGAACAAAAGAACAUAUUUCCCGUAAAUGGGAACUUUGCCCAUUGUCUCAAGAAAUGUGUAUUUCAAUGACAACUCUGUGGUCCCUUUAGAGAUAGAGUCUAAAUUUCAUAUUUUUAGAUCAUGCAACUAAUAAAAACAGUGUUCCUUUGUUCGGGUUUUCUGCACCGAAUGACACAGGACAUGACUGAUCGGGAGAGUUCCCUGAGUCUGGGGGAUCCUGGGUCCCGUAAAGGCGUUGUCACCUUUGUUUCCUCUGUUAUUGUGUGAUUUGUAUUUUUCUUACCAUAGGUUACAUUUUUCAUUUUCUAAAUUGCCUAAUUUCCUGAAAACAUUUUUCAUGUUUUAGUAAGUAGUACUUUUUUGUUGUUUCAAACUGAAGUUUUCUGAAGGAUCCUUAAAAUUGAAGAGCUGUCUACUGAUGAUUUAAAGUGUUGGCCACUCGUUUCAGAUUUUACAUCAUUCUUGUUGAGCCUCUACUUGAACUUUUUCUUUUGGAUAUGAAAGUGAACAUUCCCGUUUUUUAUUUGAUGUUGUGGAAAAGCCUUGGUAUUUUACAUUUUGAGGAUCCACAGAAGCUUGACUUGAUAUAAAAUACAGUUAUGUUCUACUCAGGAGGAAGCGUUUGACAGUGUGUGUUUUCAGUGUGUAUUUGUCCCCGUGUACAGAGUUCCUAACUGGUUUACAGUCAGUGUGCUUGCUGUUUGGAGCCUGGAGCCGCUUGUGUUCCUGAAGGACACACUGUGUGUCCUGUGUCCUCCUGUGGUGUGGGUCCCAGGUAGAAGCAGCAGGAUAGGACACUGGGUGCACCUUCACUCCUUGAAGAGUGAGGGCAGUUUACAGCUGGGGGGCGGGGGUGGCCGAUAGAGAACUGUGUUAGCUGCAGGAGGGGGAAACCCGUGACUGUUGAGUCUGAGUCCCUCUCCCUUAUGUCAUAGACAGUGUCUGUAAAGUCCCCUUCUGUCUAGAUCGUGCUGCUCGGUCUAUGAUCAUGGUGUACGACAGCCUUCUUUAAAGGUCUCCUUCGGAAUAUUGAAUGUUCUACCAUUGAAGAGUUUGGAUGUGUGAUAACAUUGUGAUGCUUUAGAAAAAUAUUUUAAGCACAAAAAUAAACUUUUCUAAGCACUUCA